ACAAAUGACAAGACUCGGAAAGUAGUAUCAAAGCUCUCACCUUUUUCUUACUUCGCUUCUUUCUUGUGCUUUGUUUUUCCAGCAACUCUUCUUCCCCCUUGAAACACCAAAGUCAUUCUUAGGCUUAACUUCUCCCUCAAAGGUUGGUCAAAGUGCUGAACAGAUUACUUGGGUGAAUCCAGGUUCAAACUUGCAGUGUGGCUUUGAAAUAAAUAAGAUGGCAUCAAGUGAAGUCUUCAUCAAUGCUCGUGAUCAUGGUAAAACUGGGGACGUAAAAAAGCAGAGAAUCAAAUGCAAUUACUGUGACAAAGAGAUGAGUGGGUUUCCCGUCUCAAGUACCACUUGGGAGGUGUACGUGGGAAUGCCCUCCCUUGCGAAAAGGUUCCCCAAGAUGUCAAGAAGCUGUUCAGAGAAAUGGUACAAGGGAGAGAGCAUCUCCACAACGAUGCUCCUUAUCUGUAUCGACAACCUCUUCCACAGAAGCGGAACGGAUGUCCCCAUAACAAUGUUGCCAAGAAAACCAGGCAUCAAAGUUCUGAAUCUUCUGGUGACGAGAGUAGAGAAUAUGGUAAUACAGAUUCUAUAUCUGAAGAUGAUCUAGAAGAUUCAGUAGCUUCCUGCAAAAGGAUGGUUUCACAAAGUGCUGCUGUUAUCGGUGAUCCGAACCAAGAACCGGGUAAGCAAAACAAGAGAUGCAUUGGUAGAUUUUUCUUUGAAAGAGGUAUCGAUUUUUAGCUUGUGAACUCGCUAAGCUUCCAAAGGUUGAUGAAUGAUAUUCGCGGUCCGGGUCAGGCAGAGUAUAAGAUCCCCGAUUGUCUGAAAUUGAAAGGGUGGAUUCUCAACGAUGAAGUGAAGGAAAUCCAAGAAUAUGUGCAGAAGAUAAGGCAGUCAUGGGGAAACACUGGAUGCAGCAUCUUGUUGGAUGGAUGGAUCGACUAACAAGGUCGAAACUUUGUUAGUUUUAUCGCGGACUGUCCGGAGGGCCCGAUUUAUCUUCACUCUUGUGAUGUUUCAGCUUCGGUUGAUGAUGUUAAUACGCUGCAGUUAUUGUUGGAUAGGGUUAUGUAUGAGGUUGGGGCUGAAAACGUAGUUCAAGUCAUUGCCUUUUCUACAACAGGUUGGGUGGGAGAUGUUGGCAAGCAGUUCACGGAACGGUGGAAGUCUGUGUUUUGGACUGUGAAUGCAUCUCAUUGUAUUGAGCCAAUGUUGGAUAAGGUCGCGAAUAUGGGUGACGUUCGACGGACAUUAGAAAAGGCGAAGACAUCUUAGAAGUUCAUCCACGGUCAUGUGACGGUAUUAAACCUUUUGCGAGAUUACAUGGAUGGUCAUGAUCUUGUUAAACCUACCAAGAUAAAAUCGGCCGUGCCUUUUGUGACUCUAGAGAAUAUUAUAUCAGAAAAGAGAAACAUCACGGCGAUGUUCAUAUCAUCCGCGUGGAACAACACAACACGGUCUUCUACAGUGGAGGGAAAGAGGGUAGCGAAGUUGGAAGGCGAUGCUUCGUUCUGGAGAGGAGCCGGAAUGGUUGUAAAGCUGACUCUACCUUUAAUACGUGUUCUAUGUUUGAUGCAUGGGGCGGAUAAACCGCAAAUGGGAUAUAUAUACGAAACCAUAGAUCAAGUGAAGGAAACAAUUAAAGAGGGAUGCAAUAGCAGAAAAUCUGAGUAUAUGCCGAUUUGGAAAGCGAUUGAUGAGAUUUGGGAUGGCCAUCUCCAUAGCCCUCUCCACGCUACAGGUGCCCUCAGACAGGGAAGUACUGUUCAGCAAAGAACCAACUUGUCUCCUGCUAUGUGGUGGUCACCUUACGGAGGAGAGUAUCCGGAGUUGCAGCGAUUUGCGACGAGAAUAUUGAGCCAGACUUUUGUAGGUGCUUCAAAAUACAGGCUCAAGCGAAGUUUAGCGGAGAAGCUGCUGACAAAAGGAAGGGAUCGAACCGAGGAACAACUGUUAAGUGAUCUCACAUUUGUUCAUUACAAUCUGCAACUGCAGCAGCAGCACUCUCAGUUGGGUGUGAACUAUAUGUGGCUGAUGAGAUAGAUCCGAUGAAUGAGUGGAUAGUGGACGAUACGGUGGAGAUCGGGUCCGAUAACGGUGAUUCGACUUGGAAGGAUUUGGAGAGUGCUGUCAAUGGAGGAGGACCUUCGUUUGAAGUUAAGGAAGAGCCCAGGUAAAAGGGUAAGGCUUUAAGGGAGCCUAUGGCAAAUACCAUUUUGGCAAAGACAAAGGUUCCAUGCAUGUCUGUUAUUAAACAAACUGACAUGAAACCAAUCAAAGUAGUUUGUAACGUAAAAGACUGUGAUAAAUGUCCAUGUCAGUAAAUGUUCAAUAUAACAAAAUUACAAGUUUGGCAUGUUGAUUUUGAUGAAAAA